CCUUUUUUUUUUCCUUUGUUAAAAGAUUGUGAAAAUAAGUCUAAGAAAAAGGUUAUAAUUCAGUUUAUUUGGAAAAAUCCAUAGAGCAGCAGUGUAGCAGAGGUUAAAAAGAAGAAAGAAAAAAAAUAAAGAAACAAGAACCAAUUAGAGGUGGGCAAAUAAGUGACAGCAAAAAUGGUUGUAGCAAUUUCCUUUUCCUGUUGCAUGCCUUCUCUCCAUUGCCCUCCUAUCAUACACCCCUUCAAUUUCAACAAGAACAAGCCCCCAACAGUGGCUGCAAUGAGUAAUGAUCCAGUUCGUGAAUGGAUCCUUUCAGAAGGAAAGGCAACACAGAUCACAGGAAUCAGUCCAGUUGGUGGUGGAUGCAUAAAUAGCGCAACUCGUUAUGACACUGAUGCUGGUUCCUUUUUUGUUAAAACAAACAGGCGUAUUGGACCAUCAAUGUUUGAGGGAGAGGCAUUGGGUUUAAAUGCUAUGUACGAGACAGGGUCAAUCCGUGUACCAAAACCUUAUAAAGUUGGAUCUCUGCCAACAGGCGGCUCAUAUAUCAUUAUGGAAUUUAUUGAGUUUGGUGCAUCUAGACGCAAUCAGUCUGCAUUAGGAAGGAAGCUUGCUGAAAUGCAUAAAGCGGCAAAAUCUGAGAAGGGGUUUGGCUUUCACGUUGACAAUACUAUUGGCAGUACUCCACAGAUAAACACAUGGAUGUCAGAUUGGAUUGAAUUUUAUGCGGAACACAGAUUGGGAUACCAGUUGAAGUUGGCUCGUGAACAGUAUGGAGAUUCAACCAUUUAUGAGAGAGGGAAAAGGCUAGCAAGGAACCUGGCACCUUUAUUCAAAGAUGUUGUGGUAGAGCCAUGUUUGUUGCAUGGAGAUUUAUGGAGCGGGAACAUCACAUAUGACAAGAAUGGUGAACCAGUGAUUCUUGACCCUGCAUGUUACUAUGGACAUAACGAGGCAGAAUUUGGAAUGUCAUGGUGUGCUGGAUUUGGAGGAGAUUUUUACAAGGCUUACUUUGAGGUGAUGCCUGCACAACCUGGUUUUGAACAAAGGAGAGACUUGUACACACUGUAUCACUACCUCAACCACUAUAACUUGUUUGGAUCGGGUUACCGGUCUAAUGCAAUGUCCAUAAUUGAUGACUAUCUACGGAUGCUCAAUGUCUAGAUGCUAGUUUUUUUUUUUACUCAUUCACUUCAUUUUCUUUUACAUUGUAAAGUUUUCGUGGUUCUUUAGCUGUGUCCAUUUUGAAGAGGCGUUUGUAUUUAUUAUUAUAAAUUACAUAACAAUGGUACUACUCCCAAAGUAUGUUCUUGUAUAAUCAGUUUGAAGCUCCUAACAAUGCCAUUAUGCAAGUUUCACAAUGUAUACAGACUACUCCGAUUGGAAAGAUGGCAACAUAUUUGGUUAGCUUA